CUCUGGCCUCCCUUAACUAUGGACAAUUUGUUUGGUAAAGCUCUGUGUAUAAACAUGACGGUUUUUCAAAGUGCUAGUUAUCAAUAUUUGUAAAGAUACAUCAAAUUGUCUAUUAUAUACACGAAAAAAAUGAGUUUAAGUGGAAGGUAUCGUCUAAAUAUCUUAGAUAAGCCCCUCAGUAGGGGUAAAGGGGAAGUAUCUUUAACUUGCUUUGCUCUUUUGUUUGCUGAAAUUGUUCAGUAUUGCCAGAACAAGUCUCAGACAGUUCCGGAAUUGCAAAUUAGGUUGCAUGAACUUGGCAGAAAAGUUGGACUUAAACUAAUUGACCUGUAUUUUGUGCGAGAAAGGAGUGGGAAGAGAGAAACUAAAUUACUCAGUAUUUUAUUGUUUGUAAAGUCGACAUUCUGGAAGGCACUUUUUGGGAAGGAAGCUGACAAAUUAGAACACUCCAAUGAUGAUGAGAACACUUACUACUUAAUGGAAAAGGAGCCUCUGGUCAACAAAUAUAUUUCAGUACCCAGAGAUAAGAGCAGUUUAAACUGUGCAGUUUUUGUAGCAGGUAUUGUGGAAGCGGUAUUGACGGGGACUGGAUUUCCCGCUAAAGUUACAGCCCAUUGGCAUAAAGGCACUACUUAUAUGGUGAAGUUUGAAGAAUCUGUUGUAACAAGAGAUAAACAGUUAGAAGAAAGAUAAGCACUUAUUUUGUUUGUAUUUUUUAUUUGUAAUAAAACCGCCUUUAAUUGCAACCUUGUUUUGAGUCACUUAUUA